CAUUUCAUUCCAUCCCGCGAGCUUUCUCAUGACCCGGUUCUGUGUGACGCGCGUGCGACUAUUUCAAACGGUACCGAAGAUUCGGCUGGGAAAAGCUGAGGAUGAGAGGUUCAUUUCUCGCGCUCCGCACCGAUUAGGCUACUAGGGUCGUUGUUUUAAUCGCUACUGUGUUUCAAACGGCAUUUUGCUCGGAUGUUCUUCAGACGGUCUUUUCCUCGAGUGCGAGUGUUUUUCUAAAUUUGCACUGGACUGCAAAUAAUUCGGGACAUUUAAUAAGAGUGUGUGUGUGUGUGAGUGAAGAGUGUGUGGCGAUGGCGGAGCGUGUGGAGAGCCCCCAGGUCCUGCUGGAGAUGCUGGACAUGCUGUGUUCGCUGCAGGGCUGCGUGUCCUACGCGGACGUGUGUGUGUGUCUGAGCCGGCGCUUCGCCCUGCCGGCGCUGUGUGAGCUGCGGUCACUGCUCUACUCCACGGCCUGCCGUGACCCCUGCUUCCCCGCCACCCUGUUCCGCGGCCGCCUCCACCCGGCCGCUACGUCCAGCCUGUCGGCCGCCGCCGAUGUGGUCUCGCUCUUCAACCUCAUCACCAUCACGCGGCCGCCUUUCUACACCCUCCCCCUGCCCUACGACAGCCAAUCCCUGGCCUUCACACCCGCCUCGUUUGGCUACGCGGGCUCUGAUUGGCCGGGGGGCGUGGUGGGGGCGGCGGAAGGCGGUGCCACGGCGAUCGAGGGUCAAUAUGAAGCGGUGUCCGAAGCCGCAGGGAUCAGUUCGAUCGCGCACACACACACGCUCGCGCACCCUUACACACACACGCUUGCGCCCAGCAUGCAGGAUGUGCAGAGCGACUCUGCGGCCAGUUCGGUGGUGAUGGAGUCUGGCGCGGCCAAUGAGAGCGAAGGAAUGGAGCGCGUCACGGCCAGGAGGAACAUCUUUAAGGCCGACUUCCACAACGUGGAGCCCCUAGACGCCACGGAAACCGGCCAGCAGUCGGGCUCCUUGGAAAGCGUGGACGGCCAGAUGACCGUGCGGAAUGAAGACAUUCUCUUCCUCUCGCUGAAGAACCCAUACCCUGAUCCGCACGCACGGCGCGCGCACACACACUCCCCGUACGCACACGCGUACUCCGAGGUGCGCAAGGUCAAGCACGAGAGCGUGGAUGGCGUAGAUGGCCCCUCCUACUUUGGGCCCUCGGCUCGUGAUUGGCCAGCCGCACCACACGCCCUCCCCCAGAAGAGCCACAGCCUCGAGGACAGCACCAGAGACCCUUCGCUCGGAGACACAGGGGCGGCCAGCUACGAGCUGAGAGGUUCCAUAUCGGUGGAGUCUGCCGUCGGUGGGGCGGGGUCCGGACAAACAGGUCUGGCAGAGUUCUGGCCAAUGGGAACUGCCCAUGGAUAUUCCACACCAAUCGGAAAUAGCCUAGGAGACCCUAUCGGAUCUACCCAAGCAGAUUCUGGACUGACCAGCUCUGGUCUGAGUGUUGCUACGCCAGUCGAGUCCAUCGCGGGAGGCUCUGCACCAGCUGGACCGAGACUAGGCGGCUCGGGACCCAUCGGAAUGCAGACCCCCGGUUUUGAGGAGGUCCGAGCCGCUCUGAAGCGUCUCAGUGGGCGGAGCUUGGACUUGAUCUCCCAGGAUUGGCCGGCGGGGGCCGAGGGCGUGUCCAGCGUCGCCACGCAGACCGACGCAGCCUCGCGGCUCCGCAGCCUCAACAAGCUCUCCUUCGACAACCCGGACAUGCCGGAGGACGACAUCAGCGCCAUCUUCCGCUUCCUGGACGACAUCAGCAUGUGCGGCUCGGUGGCGGCGCUGGUGCCCGAGGGCGGGGGAGGGGCGGAAGCGGGCAGCGGCGGCCCGCCCAACUCGCCGGACCGCAGGGCACGCCUGGGCAAGCUGAAGAGGCUGUUCCACUCGCUGGAGGCGCCGGAGGAGGCGGGGCUAGGGGCGGGGCUAGGGGCGGGGCUUGGGGCAGGGCUGGGCAGGCUGCUGCUGCGCGUGUCCGAGAUGGAGAAGCGUCUGGAGCCGCUGGGCGACCUGACCGACACGCUCACGCUCAUCCUGGCCGCGCUGCAGCGGCUCGAGGUGCAGACCAACACGCUCACGCGCAAACACGCCAUCAUGGAGCUCAGGCCACCCAAGGGCAACCCGGCGCUGAGGGAGGGCCACAGCGUUGGCACGGCCACCAGCGCCAUGGCGACCACCACCGCGGCCAAGCAACGAGGCGUGGUCACCCGGCACGACCUGACGGAGAGCAGCACCUGGAAAGUGAGCUACAGCAAAGAGCAGCACACACACACCAGACAGACUGAUGAACAUGCUACUGCUAUGGCUGUGGCUGAGGGCUGCAUGGCCGACACUGGACCACGAGUUAAAAGAGGCCUAAGCAAUCGUACGGAGUCGACAGAAGGCCUCAUCUCUGAGCAGCCCCUGUCCCCACACCUCCUGACGGAGGGCCACCGCGGCCCCAACCUCAGCCAGCGCGACCCCUCCUGGAGCCAGUCAGAGCUCACGCCACUGGAGCUGCAGGCUCCAGAUCAGCUUGAUUUCUGGAUGGAUGAAAUCUACACCCCGGCCUCAGACAGACUCAGACUGCAUCACAAGCGACCCUCGCGGAAGUGCCCGCAGGCCAAAGGCUAUCGCAUCGCUGCCCUCUGCGUGACAGCUGCCGCCAUCCUGGUCAUCAUCAUAGUCAUCCCCAUCUCUACGGCCUAGCACUCUCUCUCUCUUUC